AUGGCGUCGAAGGUUACUCUGAAGAGCAAGGGCAAAACGACGAAUAAGGGCUCCAAAGGUUCUGAUGAGCGCUCGGUGGCCCAGUCCGUGAAGGAGUGGAGCACGUGGGCCAUGAAGAAGGCCAAGGUCGUCACCCACUAUGGCUUUAUUCCCCUGAUCAUCGUCAUCGGCAUGAACUCGGAGCCUAAGCCACAGCUUUCUCAGCUUCUCAGCCCCGUCUGA